GGUGAUAAUUCGACUUACAAGUAAGAACGGAAUGACAGUCAUCCCAUGAGCACCCUUUGGAACAUUGGAAAAGAGGUUGGGAAUGUUGAUAGUGAUUUUUAGAAUUAAAUAUAGUCGGAUUGACCAAGGAUUCCUAGCCCUUUUUUUUAAGAAAACAUAUCAACGGAAAACAAAUGAAAAACAGUAUAAAACCAUUUGUUUUUUAUUUAUUUAUUUUACUACAAAAUAGGAAAUGAUGAUGUUCUAAAUUUAUCGGUAUUUCUAACAGUAGAAUCGUGAUAAAUCUUUUUUUUUGACGUUUUCAAUGUAAUAUGAUAUGUUAUCAAUUAAACGUGACAACUGUCCCAUUUAGUGGAUAGAUAUGAGCACAUCUUGAGAAUGAAAAUACAACUUGUUGUGAAGAUAUAAGAGCAACAAACGUUUUUACCACAAAUCUUUUUAUGUAAAAACAAACCACUGCUAGAAGAAACAAUCGGAGAAGUGCGAGAAAUAAUAUCUAAAUCAAAUUUUUUAACAUGAAAAAUUUGAAUAGUCUUUUAUGUUUGUGGUUCGUAAUCUUUGUAAAUAAUAUAGCUCAAACAAAAGGGGAAUUUGUGUUAAACAAUCUUCAAGAUUUUUGUAACGCGUUUGAAAUCCGUGGUGAUAAUUGCACGUGUACAAACGAAGAAAUUCGUAAGACGUUAGCCGUGUUUCCAAAAGUAUGCGAGAGAACGGAGAAACUGUCGAAAAAUCAAUCUAGCAACCGCACUGAAAUACAAGUUAUACACGAAGGGAAAUAUUCAAAGCUAUAUGCCGCCAUUGUAUCUCUGAUAUCCGUGUUUGGAAUUACUGGGAAUCUAUUGGUUAUAAUAGUGGCUGUUAAAAACAGAAAGACAGCUAUAACUUAUCAAAAGCUUAUAGGACAAUUAGCUUUUUGGGAUCUAACAUUCGCAUGUUUGCAGUUAGCAACAGUUCUGCAUUUGUUUUGGACAAAUACAUGGAUCUACGGUGAAGGGAUGUGUAAGUUUCUUCAUAGUUCCCUAACUGUUGGAUCCCUCUUGGCUGUUGGCUUGAUAUUGAUAAUAACGAUAGAGAGAUAUUUAGCCAUUACUCAUCCAUUUGUUUGGAGAAAUGGCACAAAAAAUCUAGGCUAUAUCCUAUCUGUUAUAAACGCUAUCGCUGCUACUGCAAGUGUGAUACCACGCGCCAUGUAUCUCCAGCUUACAGACGAUUUAAGUUGUUACGAAUCCUGGCCUCUUCAUCGCAGUGCUUUUAUUUAUCAAAUGUACCUUCUUGUUGUUUAUUUUGCCAUUCCAAUUAUCGCCAUAUUUUGUUUGCAUGUUCAUAUUAUGUAUACUUUACGGAACGAAAGAUUCACAACGCAAUCUCAACUCGACAUUCGAGUAAAAAGUAUGAAUCGCCGAAUUAUGUAUGUCUUGAUAAGCGUAGUUAUAGCCUUUGUAAUUCUCGUCCUACCAAACCGAAGUAUUAUGCUAUAUUUUGCUGCUGUGAAGAAUGAAGUAUAUGGCGACGCAUACACAAUACUCGCUUUCAUUGCGCUUCUGCCCUACUCCUUUCAUGUAGCGGUAAACCCAAUUUUGUAUAGUGCGGUCGAUAAAGCCUGGCGCAAACAGACGAUUGAAAUGAUAAAACAAGUCUUUCGUACAAAAGCUCAAAGUAAACGCAAAAGCACGAUGUCAACACACGCAUCACAAAGCUGUACGAUGGAGGGUAAGUUGCGUACCUACAGUGUUAAAGAUUCCAUGCUCAGAACUGGUUCGCCGCACCUACCGCGAUCAAGAGGAAACUCUGAUGCCUAUGGAAGCAGUCCUGGUACGAAUAGCUUAUAUUCACAGGUAAUUGGAAGUAGUCCGGCUUAUGAUCGCAAAGAGUAUACAGAAUCGCUUCUUAACAGUGAUUUUUUACAUCCGUCCAUGUAUACGAGCAGCUGUGACAGAGAAACAAUGCUAUAGAAAAUAUGCGGUAUACACGACUGCCAUAAUUGUCCCCUAGGUUUCUUGACCCCUGAGACGUUGAGAAAUUCUAAGCAAAUUUUCAAAGUUAAAAAUUGAUGAAUUUUAAAAUACAAUUAACAAGGACGAAAGGAGCGCAAAACUGGACUUCUGUAGUAUUCAGUGUUGUUUUGUGUAACAGAACUGAACUUUAUCGAUUUAUUGAGUUAGUCUAAAUGUAAAAAUACUUCAAAUAACAUGCAUGUUUUAAAUUCUCAGACUAACAAAAAGAAAGAGAACGUUGAUCGAUUAAACAGAAAUAUAAUGACGACCACAAAAAAAACCCAUUUCCUCGCAACUAAAACUUCAAAGAAACGCCAAACUGUUCAAUUUUAGAAAUCAACAAUUAAGAAUGGGUGUAAAUAAUAUAGUAAAAGAAAACCAUAAAUUUUGUUAAAAGAAAACCUUUACAUUGUUGUAAAACCUCUAUUUCCGUGAGAAAAAAAUGGUAGCCGAAAUCCCGAUUAUGUAAACGAUGCACGAUAUAGGAAAGCCGAAAACAGCAAAAUAACGAAAGUGGACGUUUUGACAGCCGAACAGCUACAAAAAACUCUUAGGAGCUGAGCACGACUCGACAAGAAUCAUUUGUCAUUUUUUUUGUGAAAACAUAAUGCGGAUCUA